CAUCUUGGAUGGACAAGAAAGAUAUGACAAAGAUGGCUGCCUAGUGAGAAAGGAAGGAACAUUUUGUCUUCAGGUAUUGAAAAUGAAGUCGAUAGCGUCGACCAAGAGAAAAAAUCUUCAACAGAAAUCAUCACCUUCUUUGCAGAAGUCUACUAAAAAGAGCAAGCGAAUGUUUAAUUCUUCCUUACAUCCUGAUAGGUACUAACUUGUCAAAUUUUUCCAGUUCUCCUCGUCAAAGGCCGUACCGGCAAAGACCUGCUGAUGCUAAACGGCUACACAUACUACCAGCACAAGAUCCUCAGGGACGGCUUCCGCUGGAGCUGCACCCAGAUGGGCUCCAGGUCUUGCCGAGGGUUCCUCCACGUGACCAAUGAAAUGCUGGUCGUCAGGGCCCAUACAGAGCACACGCAUCCACCUUCGACUUACUUCUUGGAGAAGAUUAAGCAGCAGUAUGCUAGAGAAAUUGAUCUCAAGAAAAGCUCAUCCGACGAGGACGAAACUUCCCUAUCUUCGCUGAAGAUCGCAAGCAUACAGGGCCGCGUCGGGUUUUAGCCCUACAGUGCCAUAGCCUUUGUUAUAAUCAUGUUCUAAGAAAAUGAAACUAGCCAGAACAUCUGAUUUAUACAACCUUACUGAGACGUUAUACUACUACAUGCGCACAGGCAAAGGUUCUUGAGUGACGACCAUUUCUCAGAAAAAGCAAUGAGACAAGCCCCCUGGUAAAACACAGCAAGGAUGAUAUUGAAGAUAUUGUUGUCUUUAGCGUGUUGUACUUGUCUGACUUUUCUUCUGACUAUUCGUAGUUACACGAUGUCAAGAACAAACGUUGCACACAUGGUGUAGUAUAAUUGUUAUGUCAGAACGAUUGUAUGAAGCAGAUGCUCUGGUCUAUAGCUUAUACUCUUUGGAUGACGAUGUCUCGAAUAAUAAGGAUCAUAGUAAUAAAGUCAUAUUAACCUUUAGUUAUACAAUAAGGACUUAGAUUUUACUUUCUAUCAUGGUAUGCAUUUUUUUAAUUAAGCGCAAGUUUACUAGUUUACAUAUUAAAACACAUCAUGCUUUGCUUACCUUUAUUGUUUCACCUUCCUUUUGUAUAAUGUUAAAUAAGUUAGAUAAUACGUAACAUCUUAUCGUAUUGGUUCAUAUAUUCAAUGUUGGUAUUUCUUUCACAGUCGAAUUCUACCUUCGUCCCAACGGUCGGAUCAACUUGCGCCUCAACGACUUCACGUUUUACAAGCACCUGAAGGCCAGGACCAAUGCUCACCGCUGGAGU